AUAUUCGGUCACACUCGACGCGUCUGUGAACAAAAAAAUUAUUUUAGUUUUUUGAACCUUGAAAAAUUCUAUUCAUUUUAACUAAGCUGCGCAUCUAAGCGUCUAGUUUCUCUGCCACAUUCUAAAGUUUUCACCCGUUUUCCUCCCGCGAUUGCACAGUGUCGUCAGUGUCACUUUUUCGUUGCUUUCCGCGCUCGCUAAUUGGCAAACCAGAUCCACGGAAAAGUACAUACGCAAAAGGAACAAGAAGAACAAAAGGAGGAAAACAACAGUUAGUCGUCAAAUCUACGAAGCGCGUCUGAGCUAGGAAUAAGCUCUAUUCUAUUCACACACAACCAAACGUGCAGAUUACCAUGAGCUCGACGGAAGAUAACAACAGCCCGGCCACCACGCCCCAGGAGGGUGAGGCCCCUGAGCAGACCAAUCCCAGGGAUCUGGAGAAGAUUGAGGAGGAGAAGCUCAAGUCAAAGUACUCGAGCGGCAUGCGUGUGCCCGGAGGCCACUCUGCGUUCCUCCAGAAGCGUCUGCAGAAGGGGCAAAAGUUCUUCGAUUCGGGCGACUAUCAGAUGGCCAAGCAGAAGGGUGGCAGCGUCAAGCAGGUCUUUGCCAACAAGGUGUCCACCGGCGAAGCCAUACCAACGCCCGAGACCGUGCCGGCACGCAAAACCUCGAUCAUUCAGCCCUGCAACAAGUUCCCAGCGACGAGCUAAGCUCUCGUAAGCUGCCACCCCCAAGCACCCAAACAAACACACAUCCCCCAAACGCUAAGCAGCAGCCCACCCCUCAAAUGCUCCUAAUAUCUUAUCUUAAAUUCUAUUGCUAAUUGCGGCGCACUUUCGGCACCACUAUGAGAUUUCGCGUAUGUUUCAAUUGGUCUAAAUUGUAUCCCCCACAAAAAGAGCUGCUCCCCGAACCUUAUUAAUUUUUAAGUGAAACUGUAUUGCAUAUUCCUUUGGCUAAACACCCAUACACACCUACUUGUCCACCCAAAAUCUCAAGAUCAAGUCAUUUCUCAUGCCAAGGAAGUUGGGCAGCACGGAGCUUGUUGCAGAACAUUCAUAUAAUGUACCCCAAUCUGUGUAACAUUAUCUUAACUUACCCAGAUUGGAUGUAGCCUUAAGUAUUACCAGCAUAAUAAACAUAAGUUGGAGCCAGCAAGCUAAAUUUUUCUCGUAUUGUAAGACCUCCCAGAAGGCACAAGUCUCGUUCAAGCUUGCCGAAUUCAAUUUUUAAUGCGAAAACCAAACUGUCGUAAUAGAAUCUGUUGUAAAUGAGUCCAUGUAUAUGGCAUUAUAAUGAACUAAAAUAAAAAAUCCUGUUCGUACUACCA